AAACAAAACGCACCAACCAAAUCUGCACCACGGAAAGAAAAGAAAAACCCUAGACCAAUGAGUAAAUCCCUAAUACUAAAAUCUUACUGCAGAGUGCAGACUGACGAGAAUACGAGAGACGAGCCCCUCCUUCUCGUGUCCGGCGAGGACACCGGAGGCGGAGGAGUAGGCAGCCGGACGGAGCGGCGGCGGCGGCGGCGGCGGACUCGAGUUUCUCCGGAGGCAAUGACGCGCGAGAAAAGCUCACCGUAUUGCUAUUGACUAUUGAAAGCCUUUACGCAAGCAGAGCCGGCAAUGCGUCGGCACUACGCCGUCCUUCUCCGCCGCGCCGCCUCCCUGCCGUCUCUCCCCCUCGUGGCGUCCCUCCACGCGGCGGCGCUCCGCCGAGGCGCCGUCCUGGCCCCGUCCCUCAUCCACGCCUACUCCGCAUGCGGCGACCUCGCCUCCGCGCGCAAUCUGUUCGACGAAUUGCCCCCGCGGGACCGGACGCUCUCCGCGCGCACGGCGCUGGCCAGCGCGAUGUCCGCUCACGGCCGGUGCCGGGAGGUCCUCGACCUCUUCGCCGGCCUUGCGGAGGAGGAGAUGGACGACAAGGCGGUGACCGCGGUUCUCGCCGCGUGCGCGAGGGCCGGGAUGGUGGACGAAGGGAGGAGGGUGUUCGCGACGGUGAGGAGGAGGCCGGCUCUGCAGCACUACACGUGCAUGGUGGAGAUGCUGGGGCGCGCCGGCGAGGUCGAGGAGGCGGAGCGCCUGGUGGCGCGGAUGGGGGCGCGCCCGGACAGGGUGAUCUGCGCCGUGCUCCUCGCCGCGUGCCGGGUGCACGGCCGCGUCGAUGUGGCUGGGAGAGUGCACGGGUUGAUGCGCCGGUAUGGCAUUGCCUGAUUUUUGCACUUGCUGCUUGAAGCUCACAAAUCCUGAAAAGUUGAAGCUGAUUGGAAACUGAUGGGAAGGUGGAAAUGUUUGUUCUUCAAGUGCAUUAUUCUGUAAUUCUGCAAUGCAAUGCAGCAGAAGCCCCAACGGUGCAACCGUGCAAUCAUUGUGGUUUGAGGCUUCUUUUUUAAUGGAGGAGUUUAUUUUCAGCUCUUCCGGGAAUUAGAUCAUUCCUUAUGAAAUUCAGAAGGGGCUUUGCAUGAUGGGUGGUGGGCAUUGCAUGAAUGGAUGAACCCUCGAGAUCAACUUAUGUCUAUGCUCUCACUGAACUGUUUGAUGCGAAGAGAAAUGGAUGGAAAGGUGGUAACCAUUGUUCUGGCAGUUUAGAGGGACUGUGUGAGUGCCAAGCAGGUGAAAAUGUGGAUUCUAUUGAAGGCUAUGUCAGUUUCAUACUGUCAUGUGUAGCAGGGGCAACAUUAUGACAGUGUAUGAACCAAAUGAGUGUCAGUCAUUUCCUUGCUGGCCUUGUAUGGUUGCAUACUUUGACAUCUACCACACUGAAAUGCCAGUCAGUUUUCUCAUUUUCAGAUUGUGCCUGGUCGGCUUCUUUCACAUUGAUUAAUGGAUCCAGCAGUGCAGCACACAAAGCAGUAGCUGGUAAGUUGUCAAGUUAACAAACUGAACUGUCAAACUUGAGUAAUUGCUGAAGAGCAGGUUUGUCAAAAUUUCUGCAAAACUGUCAAACUUGGAUAGCAAGGCAGGAAAAGUCUAUUAGGACUUUGUCAAGUAUGAUGUCGCUUUGCUGAAAUUUAUUCAGAAUCAAGUUAUGAAUCUCCAUUGUUCUGGCAAAUCUCACGUUAUGGGAUUGUACCUGCUGCUAUGCAAUGGGUAGUUAGUUAAUUGGAGCUUGCAAUCUCCUGUGCCUACAGCCUUGUGAGGGGCUACCAUGAGUGAAUUAUGCGUUCGCAAAAAAAUACCAUGAAUGAAUUAUCAGUUGUGAACUUGUGAAUUUGUUUUAUCUCGAGUUGGUGUGAAUAACUUGUCUGGCAUUUGAUUGGAGCUCUUGGGAUCCUUCAGAUAACUUGGAUAUGGCUGUAAAAGAAUAAAGAGUUGGGCCUACGAGUUCAAGACUCUGAUAGACUGAUGCUGGCAACCUGAUUGUGCAAACUGGCAGGAAAAAGAGGUAAGACAAAUACAGGAGUGCCAUCUCCAUCUUAACCUUUUCUUGAGUCUUGAUGAAUUGAUGAAGAAAAAGAGCCAUAAUUUUCACGGCUGCCAGAGCAACUCUUUCCUGUGCCAGACAUUGCUAUGCUGAAUUGCUGAUGCUGACACUUGUAGAUGACUAGAGAAACAUCAGCAACACAUGGUUGGCGGCCAAGAAACCCUGCACUGCAAAGCAGCUUCCUGCCCAGGAAAUAUACUGAAGAUGAACUUGACUGCAAUGGCGCUUUCUGCCGAAAAAUUUGCACCGCGCAUUUUUCCUUCCACAGGUUACAGGUACAGUUUCUCUCGAGAAUGUACCAGAUUCAGAUCCCCCGUGUCACAGUGAGUGGCGUUUCCUCAACGGUUGUUUGCCAAGAACAAACACAGCCGUUGCUUUCGAUGUUGUGAUGGAUCUGGAGUGAAAGUCUGCAUGAUUCCAAACUGAAGUUGCCGUGCAGAAGUAUGUUAGUGUUGCUUGCAGUCUUGUUUUGUCAUUCGUGCUAAUCUGAAUGAGUACUUCCAGCAAGUGUGUUUCUCGUGUCUGUCUUUUGCUGCUAAUGGAUAUGUCUUGUGUUCUGCUAACCACACUUGAAUUCAGUUUGUUUGUUUGGCCUGGAGGUCUUCAAAUUUCAGCCAGUUUUUUCUUCUCUGGAUCACUAUUUCGCGUUAUAUACAGACUGAUUAAUUUCUUUCAGUUGUAACUUGGUCUCUCUUUUUUCCCCUGAUGUAAAGUUAGUGCAUGAUGAGAAAUGUGAUUACCUUGUAGUUGGACCA